AUGCCCUAUGACGUGGCUGUCUUCAUUUUGGAUCUCCUGUACUCAAAUUCAGAAGGAGUCACAGAGGCUGGACUGUGGAUGUUCCAGCCAGUACCCAGGCGUGGGGACCAAAUCUGCAACCCCUUGGAGCAGUGCUGUGAUGAGGGGACCAUUCUGUCCCUGAACCAGACCUGGCCUUGCUUCCAGCACUGCUAUCUUGAGUCUGUGAGCUCUCAGAAUUGAGCUGUUGUGAGGUUUAAAGUCCCAGGCACUACAUCCAACUGGAUGUCUGCCUCCUUCACCAGGAUCUGUGCCCAGGAGGCCCUUGGGCCAGCACGCCCAGUGGCCUGCUUCAAUCAGCACUGGGGCCGGAGCACCACCAAGGGCUACAUCUGA